GUUGCUGAUCUUAUCGAGGAGGAUGAGGGUGCACCAAGUAAUGAAAAAGAAUAUGACUCCACCAAUCACUGGAAAGAGUUGAACUUUCCCAGAAAACGUCGUGACGGUCUGGUCUCCAGCCUACAAGUACUUGGUGAUUAUCAAGGCUUAUUAGUCCUCCUAAGUCUGUUGUUUCUGCAGCAAACCAGGCUGCUGCCAGAGCAAUGUUGUUCGUCUCGGGAAUCAAUUUUGGGAGUUCGUACUUUGAGUGUGUAAAUGUCAAAGACUUGCCUAUCAGUUGUUCUGGAAACAUGCGUCAUCUGAUUGUUGAGGCUUGUAUUGCAAGAAAUCUACUAGAUACAUCAGCCUACUGUUGGCCAGGUUACGUGAACGGACGCAUUAACCAACUACCUUAUAGUGUUCCAGCUCAGGGGCCUGGUUGGUCAUCAUUCAUGAAGGGGGCUCCACUUACUUCAGUAAUGAUUAAUGCUCUUGUUUCAAGCCCUGCUUCCAGCUUAACAGAGGUAGAGAAAAUAUUUGAGAUUGCGAUCAAUGGAUCAGAAGACGAGAAGAUAUCUGCAGCUACAAUUCUUUGUGGGGCGUCUCUAAUUCGCGGAUGGAAUAUACAGGAAUAUACAGUUCAAUUUAUAACUAGAUUGCUGUCUCCUCCGGUUCCUGCUGAUUUUGCUGGGAGUGACAGCCAUUUGAUAGAUUAUGCUCCUAUGUUGAAUGUACUAAUUUGUGGAAUAGCAUCUGUCGAUUGUGUUCAGAUUUUCUCACUGCAUGGUCUGGUCCCACAGCUUGCUUGUUCAUUGAUGCCGAUAUGUGAAGUUUUUGGGUCGUGUGUGCCCAAUGUCUCGUGGGCCCUCCCCUCGAGGGAAGAAAUAUCUCCCCACGUAGUUUUUUCUAAUGCAUUUGCUCUUCUUCUGAAGCUAUGGAGGUUAAUCAUCCUCCUAUUGAACAUAGAGUUGGUGAUGUACCCACAGUUGGAUCCCAGCUGACACCCGAAUACCUUUUAUUAGUCCGGAACUCCCAUCUAUUGUCUUCUGAAAACGCCCAUAAGGACCGUAACCGAAGGAGACUCUCAGAAGUUGCGAGUUCAUCAUCCCAGGAGCCUGUA